AUGGCCCCUUCAGCCUGGGCCAUCUGCUGCCUCUUGGGGGGUCUCCUGCUCCACGGGGGCAGCCCCAGUCCCGGCCCCAGCGUGCCCCGUCUGCGGCUCUCCUACCGAGAUCUCCUAUCUGCCAACCGCUCUGCCAUCUUUCUGGGUUCCCGGGGCCCCCUAGAUCUUCAGGUGAUGUACCUGGAUGAGUACAGAGACCGCCUCUUUCUGGGGGGCCGUGAUGCCAUCUACUCUCUGCAGCUGGACCAGGCAUGGGCGGACCCCCGGGAGGUCCUGUGGCCACCACAGCCAGGACAGAGGGAGGAGUGUGUUCGAAAGGGACGAGAUCCUUUGAUGGAGUGUGCCAACUUCGUGCGGGUGCUGCAGCCCCACAACCGAACCCACCUGCUGGCGUGUGGCACUGGGGCCUUUCAUCCCACCUGCGCACUCAUUGCUGUUGGGCACCGUGGGGAGCAUGUACUUCGCCUGGAGCCCCACAGUGUUGAAAGUGGGCGGGGACGGUGCCCGCACGAGCCCAGUAGUCCUUUCGCCAGCACCUUUGUAGGUGGGGAGCUGUACACAGGCCUCACUGCCGACUUCCUGGGGCGGGAGGCCAUGAUCUUCCGCAGUGGAGGUCCCCGGCCGGCCUUGCGUUCUGACUCUGACCAGAACCUCCUGCACAACCCCCGGUUCGUGAUGGCUGCCCGGAUCUCUGACAACUCUGACCGUAAUGAUGACAAGGUGUACUUCUUCUUCUCCGAGACUGUCCCUUCUCCAGAUGGUGGCCCGGGCCAUGUCACCGUCAGCCGCGUGGGCCGUGUCUGCAUGAAUGACGCCGGGGGUCAGCGGGUGCUGGUGAACAAAUGGAGCACCUUUCUCAAGGCCAGGCUGGUCUGCUCCGUGCCCGGUCCCGGUGGUGCAGAGACCCACUUUGACCAGCUGGAGGAUGUGUUCCUGCUGUGGCCCAAGGCAGGGAAGAGCCUGGAGGUGUACGCGCUUUUCAGCACGGUCAGUGCUGUGUUCCAGGGCUUCGCAGUCUGCUUGUAUCACAUGGAGGACAUCUGGGAGGUCUUCAGGGGGCCCUUUGCCCACCAAGAGGGUCCCCAGCACCAGUGGGGGCCCUAUGGGGGCAAGGUGCCCUUCCCCCGCCCUGGCGUGUGUCCCAGCAAGAUGACUGCACAGCCCCGACGACCCUUUGGCAGCACCAAGGACUACCCGGACGAGGUGCUGCAGUUUGCCCGAGCCCACCCACUCAUGUUCCAGUCUGUGCGACCUCGGCGGGGCCGCCCUGUCCUCGUCAAAACCCACCUGGCCCAGCAGCUGCGCCAGAUCGUGGUGGACCGAGUGGAGGCAGAGGACGGGACCUAUGAUGUCAUCUUCCUGGGGACUGAUUCAGGGUCAGUGCUCAAGGUCAUGGCCCUCCAGUCUGGGGACUCAGCAGAGCCUGAGGAGGUGGUUCUGGAAGAGCUCCAGGUGUUUAAGGUGCCAACAGCCAUCACUGAGAUGGAGAUCUCUGUCAAAAGGCAAAUGCUGUACGUGGGCUCGAGGCUGGGUGUGGCCCGGCUGCAGCUGCACCAGUGUGAGACUUAUGGCAGUGCCUGUGCAGAGUGCUGCCUGGCCCGGGACCCAUAUUGCGCCUGGGAUGGUGCUUCCUGCACCCGCUACCGGCCUGGCACCGGCAAGCGCCGGUUCCGCCGGCAGGACAUCCGUCAUGGCAACCCUGCCCUGCAGUGCCUGGGCCAGAGCCAGGAAGAGGUGGCUGCAGGACUCGUGGCCACCACUACGGUCUAUGGCACGGAGCACAACAGCACCUUCCUGGAGUGCCUGCCCAAGUCUCCCCAGGCAACUGUGCACUGGUUCUUGCAGAGGCCGGGGGACCAGGGGUUUGACCAGCAGGUGAAGACAGAUGAACGAGUCCUGCAAACGGAGCAGGGGCUGCUGUUCCGCAGGCUCAGCCGCCUCGAUGAGGGCACCUACACCUGCACUACGCUGGAGCACGGCUUCUCCCAGACCGUGGCCCGCCUGACUCUGGAGGUGAUUGUGGCUGCGCAGCUCAGCAGCCUGUUCCAUGGGGAGCAGAGGCCACAGGAGCCCUCUGCCCGGGGAGGCCUGGCCUCCACCCCACCCAAGGCCUGGUACAAGGACAUCCUGCAGCUCAUCGGCUUCGCCAAUUUGCCCCGGGUGGAUGAGUACUGUGAGCGCAUGUGGUGUUCCUCCCGGAACCGGGGCAAACAGGCCAAGGGCAAGAGCUGGGCAGGGCUUGAACUGGGCAAGAAGGUGAAGAGCCGGGUGCAGGCCGAGAGAAAUCGGACACCCCGGGAGGUGGAGGCCACAUAGAAGGCAGAGGAGGGGGUGGUUGGGAUGGGCCCAGUGGCCCAGUAUCAACCCCUAGUGUCUCCCAUCCACCCAACUAGGGCAGAGGGAGCCCUCAGGCUUGAUCACCUCCUAAAGAUGGGAUUCUCUGCCCCCUAAGCUCCUACCAGGCUGCUACAGGAAAGGCUGAGGGCCUGAUGGAGGGGCCCUGUGCCUGUUCCUUGCAGCUUUCUGCUCUUAGUUCUAGAUGGAGCCAGCACCCUCUGGCCACUGGCAACCCCAGUGGGCCUGCUAUUUGUUCUCAGAGGUGGCCCCCAGAGCGCUUUUCUGUUUGUGCCCAGAGGCAAGAGGGCUGGGUGGUUCUGUCCCAGCUGCAGAACAAAGGCCAUUCUGAGUGAGCCUUAGAGUGGGUGUGAGGGUGCCUCUGAGGAGGUUGUGGCAGGAGGCCCUUAGGCUGCCAAAGGAGGGCGGACAUUGCAUCUAAGCUGGACCAACACUGACUGAGUUGGGGAGGAAAAGAGGAGGUGCUGAGAAGGUAGAGCCUCUGCUUUGUGCUCUGAUAUCUUGGUGAUCCCUUGCCACUGCCCACCGCCUGUUCUCCAUCUCAGAAUCACAGAGGCAUAGACUGCUAGAGCUCUCUUCAUGCUGGGGAUGGGCCAGGUCUCAGGCUCUACUUCAUAAACCAAGGGAGCUUCACAGCCUGAUUUCCCUUCCCCAGGCUCCUGAGCUGCAGGCCAGUUUUCCUGGGAUGCCCACCCCUCCUGAUAGUAUUCCCCCUCCCCACCAUCAGGGUCUCCAUGCUGACAAGCAAGGUGAGGACUCUAGGAGAAUGUCAUCCCCAUCUCUGUGGACUAGAGAUGGGGCGAGGGGAGCUGAUGUCUCCCAGGGCAAUGCAGGCUCACCCCCAGCCUGGGAGGGUGGGAAUGUGGCAGCUCUGAGAGCAAGCUGCAGCUGGUGGGCAGGACCAGGGGUAGGGCUAUGCCCAGGGAUUGGCAGGCUUCUGAGAUGGGAAGAGGGUGGGAGGGCCUAGGAUGGGCUAGGGGACCCAGGAGCGGGCAUGCCCAAGGACUCAAGAUGGCAUCAAUUAGCUCAGGAGCCACAGGGAAGGCCAGAUGUUUCCCACCGUGGGAUCUUUGGUUUCUGCUAAAUAAGGGUUGGUUGUGGAUGGUUCAUCUAUGAAGGCUUUUUUCUUUUAAGGGAAAAACAUAGGGGAAAAAGCUGCUAAGAGCUUCAGGUCCUGCUGGUUCUGGGGACUGCGGCUCAGGUGGCCAGUCCACACUCUGUCUGCACAUGUAGAGAGGUGUUUUGCCAUCGGUAGUAGUGUCUUUCUUGAGCUAGUGACACAGCAGGGGAAGAGAAGGGGGGCUAAAUGAAAAGCUGUUCCCAGCUGUAUAUGAACAACUUAGUGACGCACAGAACUGGCAGGAGGGAGACAGCAGCGUCAGGUUCAAGACUCCCUCCAUUAAAAAACCAAGAUGCAUAAAGGAGAAAAAAAAUAGAUAAAAAGUAAGACAGGGCCUCCUGCCCCAUUGAACUCAAACCCAGCCGGUGUCUGCCUUGGACUGUACCUGUGCCACCCCCCAGCCCCCACCUGGGACCUGAAAGAGGCCCUCCUUCCCCCUUUGACUGCUUCGAGAUGAACCUGACAGCGCUGUGGGGAGCCUUGGCCUGGGUUGGGAUGGCCCGGCUAUCAGCUGGUAAAAGCAGAGGAGAGAAGGGGAGGGAAGGGGAAGGGGAGCUGGAGGAGGGCAGGGAAGGGGGGUAGAGGGGGAGGAGAGAGCGCAGGGUGUUGGUGUCAGCGGUGCGGCCAGCUUUGCCCCUCUGCCCAGGGAAGCCAGGAAGAAACAACCAGGCCCUCAGUGGCCUAUAGGCCGAACCCAGGUGUGGCUGGCUCCAGGUAGGGUCCUUUGGGGAAGCUACUCUGGAAAAUGGAGGGAGGAGCUCAAAAUCCUGAACAAAGAACACCUGCAUUGGAAAAUUAUGGACAGCUCCCACCAGCUCCGGGCCCCCACGGUACUAUGCGUUGUUAACCCUGGAAAUGCCUCUAUGAGUGAAUUCUGGUUUUGCAUUCAUAUGUUGAGAUGGGCUUUGUGAUUUCUCGGUCUUUAGAACACACUUCCUCUAAUUACUUUUGUUACUUUGUCAUGACCAUCCCUGAGCUCCGGUGAUGAUAGCACAGUGGCCUACCACACAGAGCCUACAAGGAAAGUAAUGAAGUUAAUAUUUACAUCA